CUUUGCCCAUGCCCCAUUGUGGGUACGUGCCACGUAUUCAAAUAUCAUCAUCACCGGUGAGCGCGGUGUUGUCCGGCGUCGGGAGCUGCUGGCGCCGGCCUCUGGCAGGACUGCCGAGGAGCGGCCCAGAGGGCGCCCCCAGCGACGACUCCUCGUCCGCGACUCACCGUCCGAGGACGAGGAGAUGGCCACCGAAGGGGACCGGCUGAAUGCCGAGGCCGCAGAGAACACCACGGCGACGACCGAGACGACCAUGGCCCAAAUUGAGGCAAGCGCAGUCCCGGAGGUCGCUUCCGGGCCGCUUGUCGCAGACGCAGACGGGGAGCCGGAAGUUUCUUCCGCGACGCGACCGCCACAGCGCAGAGCCGCCGACACUCCGGAAGCGCCGAAACAGCAGAAGCGACAGGAGAGAGAACACACACAGCAGGAGCACUACUACAUGGUGCUGCUGGAGGACGUGCUCUCCGCGGACCAGGGGCACCGCGGUCGCGACGGCGGGCGCGGCGAACAACUUGGUGGCAGCGGUGGCGGCUACGACCGAGCGGCGCGCCACCUCGCGGAGCCGCUCGAGCCCGACAUGGACGACCUGGUGUGCGGCGAGCGCUGCGCGCCGCUGAACCGCAUCUGCGGACUGCCGCUGCUCGGGCUCGCGUUCAUCGCCAUCGUACUGCCCGUGGCCGUGCACCGGUUCUCCUCCACGCAGAACGCGACGCAGACGCCGCAGCUACGCGGGACAUCGAGCAGACUGUACGCAACGAUAAGACCCGGUCAGUUCAACUAUCUAGCGGGUAGGCUGCUUCGGCCUUACGCGACGACUGCCAAGCAGGGAUUAUUACCGUGGAGGCUAAACAACUCCGCCGGGAUUGGCCGCGUCAGACUCGAUUGGCAACGACUGCUUGGGACCAAGUCGAAGACGGACAAGAAGCCCGCCUCGACACCCCCUUCUACGUCGUCGACAACGAGGCAGAGCCCGGCGCUGCGGGGGGCGAGUCCGCGACCCGAGAGCGCCUCCAACAGCGCCUACGUGACGCCUUCGAGAGGCGUCGACAGGAAGGUGGACGGAAGUGGUAUUGCGCACUGGGCGCCGCCGGUCGGGCCCCAAAAUCUUCUAGGCGGGACCAGAUGGUUCUUCGAGAAGACGCCGACGCUGCCGACAACGCUUCACGACAGCAGCGCCGCAGACGAUGGCAGAAGAAUCGGCAAAGACCACGGUCUUCUUCACGGCAGUGAGCCCGAGGGAAGCGGCACGCCCAAUGCAGGCGGCGCCACCGGCGAGCCGGUGCCUCCGCUGAGCGGCUCGCAGCUGUGGUGCGUGUACCAGCCGCCAGGGGUCCACGACGCUAACCUCGCGGACGACGACGAGUACCAGCUGGACGACGUGCCGGUGUCCCUCUGCACGGCCGUCGUCUACUGCUGCCUGGACGUGUGGAAGCACGGCGUGCGAACGUACCAGCCGACCGCGACGGCGCGGCCUCCAGGUGCCGAAGGCGGCAGGCGGUACCGCAACCACAUCGACGAAGAGUACAAACAUGAAGGAGACGGCGGAUCGCAGGGCAUCUACCACUUCUCGAGAUUGCGUACUGCCGAAGGAGCUCCGCCUACGCUGAGGUUGUACGCUAUGCUGGGCGGACGCGACCAGACGACGGUCAACUUCACGCGCAAGAUGGCCGCCAGCGCAUCCGGAGACGAAGCGCCCUCUGGCGACCAAGACGCCUCUGGUGGCCGCCGCAGGCAGCCUAAUAGACGCGAGAGCACCGUCGGCUCCGAAAAUUCCAAAGGUGCCCUGUGGUCCACGGCUCAGAGCCGUCCCAUAAAUUACACGGUCCUGGACAAGACCGUUGAUUUGAGUGCAAGAUGGCUUCGGCGCAUGGGUCUGGACGGAUUCGUCUUCAAUUACAGGUCGGAUCCGGAUAACCCGCGCGCGGACCCGCUCUACCUGCUCUACUUCCGCGCCUUCCACGAGCGCCUGGGCGAACAGAAGCUCCACGCCACCCUGGUGCUGCCGGACGCGCUGACGUCGACCGGCGCGACCGGAAGCGGAAGUGCGGACCGAAAGCGGCGCGCGGGCGCCACGUCGGUGGCCCGGCUCGUGGCGACGGGCUACACGCCGCUCGUGCUGCCCACCCACGACCUGGUGCCCCAGGACCGGAAGCUGAACGGCGACGAGCACGGCCGGAACCACGCUUCGGACGACGACGCCGCUGCUGCGCCGCCCGCGGCGGGGGAGGGAGAACGGGACGAGCCCGUUCUGCCGCCUCCGGUGUCCGGGCUUUCGCCGUACGGCGUGAACGGCACGGAGGCCGCGACGUGUCCCGCGCCGUACUCGAGCGAGGACCCGGCCCUCCUUACGCAGGAGAGGUUGCUCAACGGGCGCUACGGCAAGCUGACCGUGAACAUGAAGCUGAACACGCUGGUCACGGUGUCCUUCAAGGCGGACCACUACAGGCUACGGAGCACGAAGCGCUACAAGGAACUCACGCCGGCGCACAAGAUCGGAGAGUCCACGUAUCGAGAUAUGUGCCGCAUCGCCAACGGCACCUGGAGGCGGGGCGGAGACAGAACGCGUCGACGCGAUUCUCGUCGGGGAUUGGACGACGCGGACGAAGCGGACGGCGACGGACCGCCCCUUUCCUCGUCGUCGUCAUCGACUGGGCGGGGCCGGGCGACCCGCUCCUUCUACGGGCCCCACAGCGGGUGCCUGGUGGUGCAGUCCGGGUUCGACUGGUACUCCGGGUUCGGGCCGGAGUCGGCGCGACCCCUGCUGCUCGAGGGACCCGGGUCCGGCUUUCUGGGGGUGGUGGUGUUCGACCUGGAGGCCGACGACUUCGCCGGGUCCUGCGGCGGGGCCAAACACCCGCUCGUGCGGAGACUGAGAAGAAUGCUCUGGCUGAACGAGCAGAGGAGGCCGUUGCUACCGCGAGACCUCGCCGAUGCCGCCGUGGGCGACAUUUCGAAGCGCUAGGCGCUGCGCGCUAGAUUUCUUUACUUUUCUUUUUGCGGAUCGAUUGAUCGAAUUAAUUAUUUUAAGUUGCUGGUGAA